GUCCGGCAUUUUCGGGGCGCGGAUGCGCUGCCGCGGAACUCGCGGAUCGUGUAGUGGCGCAAGUUGGACUGGGCGUGCUGCGCCUGUGGGCACGUCUUGGGCGAGCAGUCCGUGUGCCACGCCCGGCAGAGGCAGGGAGGUUCAGAGACCUUGGAGGAGCGCGGCAUUGAGGGCUGGAGUAGAGGAGGAGGGAGAGAGAGAGAGUGUGUGUGUGAGAUCGAUCCCGGAAGGAUAGGUGCAGUUGAUCACCAACGGAGAGGCCGAAGAGUCAAUGGGCGUGCGAAGAAUGAUGACUUACUAGGGGGCCAAGCGAAGGUAGUAUACUGAGUGCGACAAUGCCAUUGUUU